AUGGACGUCGUCUCUGCCGGCGGGGCGACGCCCGUCUCGCCCACAAGUCCCAUGAGCGCCCGCCAUGCGCCCAAUGGGCCUCCCAAGAGGAAGCACAGCAGCAUGGCCCUCGAUAGCAGUCCGGGCAGUAAUGCCGGUCACGACGAUGACAAUGGCGAGCCUGAUUCCAAAAAGCGCCAGCCCGGCGUCAAGCGCGCAUGUAACGAGUGCCGGCAACAGAAAUUGCGAUGCGAUGUUGUUCAAGACCCUUUCCAGAGCUGUUCACGGUGUAACCGCCUCAAGCUGUCCUGUAAGAUUGAGUCCAACUUCAAGCGCAUAGGCAAGCGGUCGAAGCACGCCGAGAUGGAAAAGGAAAUCGACAGGUUGCGACGCAACAUUGCACGCGCCCAAAAUCAGGGUUACACUGUCGACGAGGACGAACAAGAUCUCCAAUCCCCGGUUGCGACAAGCGUGUACACACACACUAGAAACCCUUCCCUGAUGGGCUCUGACGAGGCUGUAUCCUCGCUGUUGCACCUCAAGAGGGGAGGGUCGUACAGUCUACCACGCUACACUCACGAGCUGGAGAACGUACGCCUGACCGAGGAGUCAGUAAAUCAGCUUUUCAGCCAAUUCUUCGCAUACUAUCACCCUUUUUUGCCUUUCCUCAACCCGCAACAGACGCCUGAUCAGUACUUCCAACAACACGCCCUUCUGUUUUGGUCAAUCAUAUCAGUUGCUGCUCGCCGUCAAGACUUCUCGAGGGUAUCAGUCGACCUCAACAAAGAGCAGCUGCAUGACCGUGUGUCAACGUGGGCUGUCUGCAAUAUUGUAGCUCAGACUAUUGGUACUGGCUACGGCCAACCAGCAUCGACCCUGUAUGACUGGACUUUGGCCGUUAGACGAGGCGAAGAUGGUCCCUUCCGAUUGACGCCCGAAUUGGAAGCUAGACUCCAAGUCGAAAGGUUCUGCGACAAGGUGUCCAAGGAAAUGUAUAGCAACGCUAGUGAUCCUCGUGGGGUCGCGGGUGAUGAACAUCGAGCCAUGUUGAUGAGAGUCUACAGAAAGGACUUCAACGAACUUCAGGCAUCCGUCCUCUCGCAGCAUCUGGGGCCAAUCGUCAACUUACAUAUGCGAGCCGCAGCACUCCAUUUGCGCCUGGCUGGCUUCUUUGACUCGAGUACCACGCCUGGCUACAUCGAUGAUUUAAUGGGCCUCUGGAGGGCAACCACAAGCUUCUUGGAUAACAUCCUUGAGGUCGACAAGGUCACAUCGCCCGGACAAAACUCUCCCGGGCAAAUUCUGCUCUAUGCGACAAACUACAUCCAGCAGAUGUUGAUUGCGGCUGGUUUUGCCUUACUCAAGCUCAUGCGGUCUUUCUUUGCCAAAACGAUUGAUUUCGAUCGUGGCCGCAACCUCUUCCACCAAACCAUCAACGCCAUCCGCGCUACGAGCGUCGUGAAUAACGAUCUGCAGUGGCGUCUAGCAGAGCUAAUGGUGCAAAUGUGGAACGGAGCUCGACUCGAUAACAACAGCACGGCCUCCUACGACAACGACGAUUCACCACUACUCAUUGACGAUACCUUGCAGCUCAAGGUGCGCUGCCGCCAUAGCAUGAGUCUUGUAUUCGACUCUGUCUGGCGAUGGAGGGAAGAAUACCAAGCCCAAGGGAGAGGUUCAAUUGAUGCGAACGAGUCCUCAGCGUCAUCGACCCAUUUGGACAGCACUCUCAUGCCGGCAACCCAAGGACUGCAAGCGAACAGCUUGCUCGCUGCCAAUGGAGCCCUCACUCCUGGUAACUCUGGCGGGAUCGGCAGUCAACCACCCAGCAACAGCAUGCUGAGUGGCAUGUCUUACGGCGAGACCAACUACGAUUUCUUCGACCCACAGCAUUGGAUGCUGGACGGUCUCUUGGACUUCAAUUACAACUUUGUGCAACCUCUUGAGGGUGCAUAG